CAGUUUAGCAAGCAAGCUUAACAAUCAAUGGCAGGCACCAAAGUUUUAGCUAUGGCUUUUGUUGUUCUCUUGGGCAUUGGAUUAGCCAAGGCUGCGCGGGUGUCCAGGCUCUCCGAUGCUCAAGGGAGUGGAGGGGGCGGGGGUGGUGGAAUUGUGGACGGCAGUGGCUCAGGAUCCGGGAGCGGCACUGCGUCCAGCCGGGUCGUCCCAAACGAAGGCCAUGCGAGUGCCGGAGCUACCCAUGCAGUCGCCGGAGCUGGAGGCAGCGGCGGUGGCGCGAGCCAGUACCGUGGAUCCGGAAGUGGAGCCGGGUAUGGCUCCAGCGCCGCUUCUAGCGAGUCAGCUGGAGGAGUAUUUGUUGCUUUCCCUGGAUAUUCUAGCGCUGAUGGUACCAGCAGUGGUGGUGGCGGAGGACAAGCCGGAGGUUAUGAUGGAUCUAGCGGUCAUGGAGAGGGCAGUGGCACCGGCUCCGGUUCUAGCUCCGCCAAGUCUACCUAUUAUGGAGCAGAGGAUGCAAAUGCAAGUGUUAAGGGUAGUGGAGGUGGCAAAGGAGGUGGGGAAAAUGGUGGGAGCGGCCGCGGCAGCGGGAGCGGAUCUGGAAAUGCCGAAGCAAACCCUUAA